AUCAUGAAAUUAUACUCAUAAACCAAACCGCAUUAUUAAAUUAAAGAGAGAGAGAGACUGAAGUAUCUCUUCGAAGAAUUCACUUCCCCUUCAAAUCCCUUUAUCUCUCACACAUUCUCUCUCCGUCCAUCUACAGAAUCCCUCCCCAAUGGAAGAAGACCAACCGCCGCCGCAGCCGCCGCCGCCACCGCCGCUCAGAAGCUACACAUUAACCGCAUCGUCGAUAUCCUACGCGAAAUCCACCACCGUGAUCACCGCCGCCACCUUGUCGCCGUACAAGUGGUUCAAAUCCUGCGCCGCCGCCGCGCCCACGUACAUUCUCCGCGACGUGUCGUUCACGGCCCACCCAUCUCAAAUCCUGGCCAUCGUGGGCCCCAGCGGCGCCGGAAAAUCAACUCUCCUCGACAUCAUCGCCGCCCGAACCGCCCCGAGCCACGGCGGCCUGUUCCUCAACUCUGCCCCUAUAAACCCUUCCUCCUUCAGAAAACUCUCCGCCUACGUCCCUCAGCACGACGCCUCUCUCCCUCUCCUCACCGUCUCCGAGACCUUCGCCUUCGCCGCCCGCCUCCUCAUCCCCAAAAAAUCCGACAUCCCCACCACCGUCGACUCCCUCCUCGCCGAGCUCCGCCUCACCCACGUGGCCAACACGCGCCUAAUUUCCGGGAUCUCCGGCGGCGAGAGAAGGCGCGUCUCCAUCGGCCUCAGCCUCCUCCACGACCCCGCCGUUCUGCUCCUCGACGAGCCCACCUCCGGACUCGACAGUGCGUCCGCCUUCAACGUCAUGUCGUCCCUCAAGUCCAUCUGUCAGUCACGGAAUCGGACGGUGGUGCUUUCGAUUCACCAGCCCAGCUUCCGGAUUUUGUCGGUUAUCGACGGGAUUCUUCUGCUGUCGAAAGGGUGCGUGAUCCACCAUGGAACUCUGUCGACUCUCAAGGAGUUUUUGGUUUCGAAUGAAUUUUCGAUUCCUCCGCAGCUGAAUCCUUUGGAAUUUGCGAUGGAAAUUCUGGACCAGCUCACUCCCACUACUACUUGUGUUCCUCCUGAUUUGCCGCCCGUCACCGGCGAGGCUACGCCGCGUCCGGAUUAUGAAGAGAAUCCUCCGAUCAAGUACAGGAGCUCGAGAUUGCAUGAGAUCUUGACCCUCCAUUGGAGGUUUUGGAUGAUCAUUUUCCGGACGAGACAGCUGCUUUUGACCAACACUUUGGAGGCACUCAUUGUCGGAAUUGUUUUAGGUACAAUUUACAUAAACAUUGGUUUGGACAAGGCAGGCAUAGACAAAAGAUUGGGUCUAUUCGCAUUCACACUCACAUUCCUGCUGUCCUCCACGACGGAGACUCUCCCGAUAUUCCUCGGCGAGCGGCCCAUCCUCCUCCGGGAGACCUCCGGCGGCGUCUACCGUCUCUCCUCCUACAUAAUCGCCAACACCCUCGUUUUCCUCCCCUACCUCCUCGCCGUGGCCCUCAUCUACUCCGUCUCCGUCUACUUCCUCGUCGGGCUCUGCUCCACGUGGCAGGCCUUCUCCUUCUUCGUCCUCGUCAUCUGGGCCAUCGUCCUCAUGGCCAACUCCUUCGUCCUCUUCCUCAGCUCCCUCGCCCCCAACUUCAUCGCCGGCACCGCCCUCGUCACCGCCCUCCUCGCCGCCUCCUUCCUCUUCUCCGGCUACUUCAUCUCCCCGGACAGCCUCCCCAAGUUCUGGCUCUUCAUGCACUUCCUUUCCAUGUACAAGUACGCCCUCGACGCGCUCCUCAUCAACGAGUACUCCUGCAUGCUCUCCACGUGCUUCAUUUGGUUCGAGGAGAAUGAUAAGGAGUGCUUGGUCACGGGCGCGGACGUCCUGCUCAAGAGAGGCCUCCACGAGCGCCAGCGCUGGACUAAUGUCUAUGCUCUCCUCGCCUUCUUCGUGCUCUAUCGCCUUCUUUGCUUGCUUGUGCUGAUUAGAAGGGUUUCCCGGUCUAAGAAAUAAUUAACCACACCCACCCCAGAUAAAUUCAUUCAAAGGGUAUAUUUGGAAAUACCACCUUCUUAAUUGAUUAUUUUUGGCUUUUCAAAGUUAACUAAGAAUUAUUAUGGUAAUCUUAGCCCAUAUAUGAAAAUUAAUAAUGCAUUUUGUA